CAGCCCACUAGCAGCGACACCUUUCCAAGAUGGCAGCCAACAGUAGCAGCACGGUUAGCAAACCCAGCAACAGUACCGGGGGGAAACAGUCAGGGCCGUCGGCUGAGCAGGUAUUGUCACUCCGUGUCAGAAUAUUCAUGCUUUGUUAGCAAAUGCUUUUCAAUCGUUGCGGACUGAGAUACAAACCCGGAUUUGUCAGUCACGCAUCCAGCUAGCUAACGUUAGCAAGGCAAGCUAACAGUAGCUAACGUUAACACGCUCCCUCACCCAUCGUCUGCUUCCUUCUCGCGUGUUCCUCAACUGAGAUUUCAUAAUUUAGAAGAAAAUAUGGUAUAGGUCGUAUUGAUUCACAACGCUAUCUAUAAUGCCUCAAAACGGGAAUGGUUGUACUCUCGAGCAGAUGAGAAGCUAUUUCUGCCUGUCACUGUUCGUGCUUUUGGUGCGUCCCUCUACCUUGCCAACCAGUACAUGGCUCCAGACUAACAUUUUCCCCAGGUGCCAUACAUUUUUUCAGUUGGUGGUACCAGCCAAUGAUUUCAAUAUUGUCUAUCUGAGGAUUGCGGUCACUAAAUGCUGCGCCCACUACAUCAAAUAUGUUUAUUUGUCACGUGCCAAAUACAAUGGGGUAGACUUUACCGCAGGGGUAUCAAACAUACAGCCCGUGGGAGGGCUCCAGCCCGUGAGGGGGUCCAAUCCGGCUAAAACCGAAUCGAAACUGUAGAAAUUAUAAUGGACCUAUAUUCAUAGUUUCUUGACAGUCCAACUCACUAAUCAUCACUAGACAGUCAGGGAGCAUCGAAAAUUCCAAAACCGAUGGAUAGAGGACAAUAUUUUGCUAAUUUUGACUGCAGGAAAAUGUAUAACACAUUUUCAUUAGUGAGGUCGGCCACUGAUUAGGCCUGGCUCGCAGUCGGCUUUCCAAUUCAUCCCAAAGGUGUUCGAUGGGGUUGAGGUCGGGGCUCUGUGCAGGCCAGUCAAGUUCUUCCACACCGAUCUCGACAAACCAUUUCAGUAUGGACCUUGCCUUGUGCAUGGGGGCAUUGUCAUGCUGAAACAGGAAAGGGCCUUCCCCAAACUGUUGCCACAAAGUUGGAAGGACAGAAUCGUCUAGAAUGUCAUUAAUGUAAUUGUAUGCUGUAGCGUUAAGAUUUCCCUUCACUGGAGGUAAGGGACCUAGCCCCAACCAUGAAAAAUAGCCCCAGACCAUUAUUCAACCUCCACCGAACUUUACAGUUGGCACUAUACAUUUGGGCAGAUAGCCUUCUCCUGGCAUCUGCCAAACCCAGAUUUGUCCUUUGGACUGCCAGAUGGUGAAGGGUGAUUAAUCACUCCAGAGAAUGCAUUUCCACUGCUUCAGAGUCCAAUGGCGGCGAGCUUUACACCACUCCAGCUGACGCUUGGCUUUGCGCAUGGUGGUCUUAGACUUGUGUGCGGCUGCUCGGUCAUGAAGCUCCAGACUAACAGUUCUUGUGCUGACGUUGCUUACAGAGGCAGUUUGGAACUUGGUAUUGAGUGUUGCAACCAAGGACAGACGAUUUUUACACGCUUCAGCACUCUGUGGUCCCGUUCUGUGAGCUUGUGUGGCCUACCACUUUGCGGCUGAGCCGUUGUUGCUCCUAGACGUUUCCACUUCACAAUAACAGCACUUACAGUUGACCGGGGCAGCUCUAGCAGGGCAGAAAUUUGACGAACUGACUUUGACGAAACCUGUUUCGCUUUGUCAUUAUGGGGUAUUUUGUGUAGAUUGAGGGGGAAAAAAUAAUUUAAUCCAUUUUAGAAUACGGCUGUAACGUAACAAAAUGUGGAAAAAGGGAAGGGGUCUGAAUACUUUCCAAAUGCAGUUACUGAACAAAAAUAUAAACACAACAUGUAAAGUGUUGGUUUCAUGAGCUGAAAUAAAAGACCCUGAAAUUUUCCAUACGCACAAAAAGCUUAUUACUCUCACAUUUUGUGCACAAAUUUGUUUACAUUCCAGUUAGUGAGCAUUUCUUCUUUGCCAAGAUAAUCCAUCCACAUGACAGGUGUGGAAUAUCAAGAAGCUGAUUAAAAUGCAUGAUCAUUACACAGGUGCAACUUGUGCUGAGGAAAAUAAAAGGCCACUCUAAAAUGUGCAGUUUUGUCACACGACACAAUGCCACAGAUGUUUCAAGUUUUGAGGGAGCGUGCAAUUGGCAUGCUGACUGCAGGAAUGUCCACCAGAGCUGUUACCAGAGAAUUGAAUGUUCAUUUCUCUACCAUAAUGUCGUUUUAGAGAAUUUGGCGGUACGUCCAAUCGGCCUCACAAACGCAGACCACGUGUAACCACGCCAGCCCAAGACCUACACAUCCGGCUUCUUCACCUGCGGGAUCGUCUGAGACCAGCCACCCGGACAGUUGAUGAAAGUGUGGGUUUGCACAACCAAAUAAUUUUGCCACAAACCGUCUGUGUCCUCACCAGGGUCUUGACUUGACAGCUGUUCGGAAUCGUAACCGACUUCAGUGGAGAAAUGCUCACCUUCGAUGGCCACUGUCAAGCUGGAGAAGUGUGCUCUUCACGGAUGAAUCCCGGUUGGCGUCGUGUGGGCGAGCGGUUUGCAGAUGUCAAUGUUGUGAACAGAGUGCCCCAUGGUGGUAGUGGGGUUAUGGUAUGGGCAGGCAUAAGCUAUAGACAACGAACACAAUUGCAUUUUAUCAAUGGCAAUUUGAAUGCACAGCGAUAUCGUGACGAGAUCCUGAGGCCAAUUGUGGUACCGUUCAUCCAACGCCAUCACCUCAUGUUUCAGCAUGAUGAUGCACGGCCCCAUGUCGCUUGGAUCUGUACACAAUUCCUGGAAGCUGAAAAUGGCCCAGUUCUUCCAUGGCCUGCAUACUCACCAGACAUGUCACCCAUUGAGCAUGUUUGGAAUGCUCUGGAUCAAUGCAUACGACAGCGUGUUCCAGUUCCCGGCAAUAUCCAGCAACUUCGCACAGCCAUUGAAGGGUGGAACAGCAUUCCACAGGCCACAAUCAACAGCCUGUUCAACUCUAUGCGAAGGAAAUGUCACACUGCAUGAGGUAAACGGUGUUCACACCAGAUACUGACUGGUUUUCUGAUCCACGCCUUUACCAUUUUUUUGUAAGGUAACUGUUACCAACAGAUGCAUAUCUGUAUUCCCAGUUGUGAAAUCCAUAGAUUAGGGCCUAAUGAAUAUAUUUCAAUUGACUGAUUUCUUUAUAUGAACUGUAACUCAGUAAAACCUUUGAAAUUGUUGCAUGUUGCGUUUAUAUUUUUGUUUAGUGCCUUCAGAAAGUAUUCACACCCCUUGACUUUUUCCACAUUUUGUUGUUAUAGCCUGAAUUUGAAAAGGGUUCAAUUUUGAUUUUUUUGUCACUGGCUUAAACACAAUACCCCAUAAUGUCAAAGUGGAAUUAUGUAUUUCUACGUCUUUACAAAAUGAAAAUCUGAAAUGUCUUGAGUCAGCAAGUGUUCAAUCCCUUUUGUUAUUGCAAGCCUAAGUUCAGGAGUAAAAAUGUGCUUAAGUUACAUAUGUUGCAUGGACUCUGUGUGCAAUAAUAGUGUUUAACAUGAUUUUUGAUUGACUAUCUCAUCUCUGUACCCCACACAUACAAUUAUCUGUAGAUCCCUCAGUCGAGCAGUGAAUUUCAAACACAGAAUCAACCACAAACACCAGGGAGGUUUUACAAUGCCGUGCAAAGAAGGGCACCUAUUGGUAGAUGGGUAAAACAAAAAGCAGACAUUGAAUAUCUAUUUGAGCGUGGUGAAGUUAUUAAUUACACUUUGGAUGGUGUAUCAAUACACCCAGUCACUACAAAGAUACAGGGGUCCUGCCUAACUCAGUUGCUGGAGAGGAACAAAACCGCUCAGGGAUUUCACCAUGAGGCCACUGGUGUCAUUAAAACAGUUAGAGUUUAAUGGCUGUGAUAGGAGAAAACUGAGGAUGGAUCAACAUUGUAGUUACUCUACAAUACUAACCUAACUGACAGCGUGUAAAGAAGGAAGCCUGUACAGAAUAAAAAUAUUCCAAAACAUGCAUCCUGUUUGCAACAAGGCACUAAAGUAAUACAGCAGAAAAUGUGGCAAAGCAAUUCACUUUUUGUCCUGAAUAAAAAGUGGUAUGUUUGGGGCAAAUCCAGUACAACACAUUACUGAGUACGACUCCAUAUUUUCAAGCAUAAUGGUGGCUGCAUCAAUUUAUGGGUGUGCUUGUAAUUGUUAAGGACUGGGGCUAAGGAAUAGAGCUAAGCACAUGCAAAAUCAUAGAGGAAAACCUGGUUCAGUCUGCUUUCCACCAGACACUGGGAGAUGAAUUCACCUUUCAGCAGGACAGUAACCUAAAACACAAGGCCAAAUCUACACUGGAGUUGCUUACCAAGAAGACAGUGUCCAAGUUACUGUUUUGAUGUAAAUUUACUUGAAAAUCUUUGGCAAGACUUAAAUGGCUGUCAAGCAAUGAUCAACAACCAACUUGACAGAGCUUGAAGAAUGAAUUAUUUUUUUUGCCAAUAUUGUACAAUCCAGGUGUGCAAGGCUCUUAGAGACCCAGAAAGACUCACAGCUGUAAUCGCUGCCAAAGGUGAUUCUAACAUGUAUGAGUACUUAUUAAAUUAGAUAGUUCUGCAUUUCAUGUUCUAUAAGUGAGCAAACAUUUCUAAAAACAUGUUUUCACUUUGUCAGUAUGGGGUAUUGUGUGUAGAUGGGUGAUAAAAAAUAUAGAAUUUAAUCAAUUUUGAAUUCAACAACAAAAUAUGGGAUAAGUCAAGGGGUAUGAAUAGCUCUAAAUAUAAUACCCACUGCUACUAGCCAUGUAUUAAUCGAACUACAUUUAAUGUCCCCAAAAAACGUUGUAGCCUACUGCUAAAAUGAGGCCUAAGCAAUCGCAAUGGCCAAUGCGCAUUUCACGCGCUCUCUCUUCAACUGUGACAACAGGAUAGCGGUGUUUUCCCCGCACAUUUUAAAAUGUUAUACAAUCUGAACACUUUCUCCCGGAUAAUCUUUUUUCCCGGGAAAGGAGAGUGAAAGUGGCUUGCUCUACACUGCAGUAGGCCCCAGUGACACAGGUACCGGGGCAGGCAGACACUUUCGUUAUAGGAAUCAUGAGGAUAAGGUACUUUACUGUUUGACCAAAUAAUGGUUUUAGCCUCCUAAAAAAUUGGUAGUUUUGAGUGAGGUGACCAUGUAGAAUUUGCAGCUCGCACCGAUGUGACCAGUUACAAUUUUUAUUCGCACAGCUAAGUCAAAGGGUCACAAAAUGCGACUAAGUGGUUGCAGUCUGGAGUCCUGCAGUCGCAGACACAAAACAGCAUUAGUAGCUAAUGCAGUCCGUUGUAAAAAAUCACAAAAACUACUGGCUAUUGCAUUUACUCAUAGCUAAUCAACAACUGGUCUAAUGAUAUAUAUCCUUUUCCAGGUAUGCCUAUAUAACGAGGCUUUUUGCAACUUUGUUCAAUCUAAUCUAAGUUCAGAAAUCUGUGUGUAUUGUGGCUGGUAAAGCAUGGCGCUUGCAAGGCUAGGAUUGUGGGUUCGAUUCCCACUAGGGAACCCCAUAUGAAAAUGUAUGCAUUCACUACUGUAAGAGGGGUUUUACACUGACUAAAACUUGUUGCCUUUCAUUUGUUUAUUUAGUCAUUUAGCAGAAGCUGUUAUCCAGAGCAAUUAGGGUUAAGUGCCUUGCUGAAGGGCAGAUGGACAUUUUUUGAACCCAGUCGGUUCAGGGAUUUCUAUCCAGCGAUCUUUUGGUUACUGGCCCAAUGCUCUGAACCGCUAGGCUAUCUGCCACUCGUAGGUCUUCCUUCCACAGGUCACCAAAUUACAUUUUAAGUCAUUUGGAUAAAUUCUCUGCUUAAUGACAUUUAUUAUUAUUAUUAUUAUUAUUAUGAGUGAAUGUUUGAUUUGAUGUAUUCGAUGUGUCUGACAGGUCGUGGCUGUAUUCCAGAGGAUGCGCUCGGAGCAGCGAAGCAUGGCCUCCAAGGCUGCAGAGCUGGAGAUGGAGAUCAAUGAGCAUAGGUAACUAGCUCUAGUUAGUGUGACUUGCUUUAGCAGCUACUCACACUUUUUUUUUUUGUUAUUUCUCUUACUUCCAUAGUCACGGGAAGCAGUUUGGGGGUGGGGGUGCUGCGAACAAAGUGUUUUGGCCGCGCUGAAGACAUCUAUAUCUGUCCCUAAUACUGGACUAGUAAAGGCCCAGUGAACUACUUUUUUGAAAAAAUGUAAACUAAAUGUGUUUGAGUGUUAACCAGCAUUUGUAACUUGAGUCCGAUAAUUAUCUGUACAAAACCGUUAAUCUGAUAAUACUUGUGGAAUAUAAAUAUACUUGCUUGAUAUACAGUAUAUUUUCCAGUUUCUUGAAAUACUUUGCAAAUGCAACUUAUUUCUAUCUGAACUGAAAUGGUCUAUUAAUUCCUUUUCCAUUUUAGUAGACGCUCUUGUUCAGAGCAACUUACAGUAGUGAGUGGAUACAUUUUCAUUCUUGUCCCCCGUGGGAAUCAAACCCACAACCCUAAGCGCCAAUGCCUACCAAACUGAGCCACAUCAUCACAAACCACUUGAUGUCUCAAUGUACUCAAUUACUGUAUUGUGCAUUGUUUUUCUUCAUGGUGAUGGAAAGUCUACAGGUACAAACCUAGCCUAUGUACAAUACAGUAAUGUACAUUUACAUUAAGUGGUUUGUAAGGAUGGUAAAUUAAGGUGCAUCCUGUUUCCAUUGAUCAUCCUUGAGAUGUUUCAACAACUUGAUUGGAGGCCACCUGUGGUAAAUUCAAUUGAUUGGGCAUGAUUUGGAAAGGCACACACCUGUCUAUAUAAGGUCCCACAGUUGACAGUGCAUGUCAGAGCAAAAACCAAGCCAUGAGGUUCGAAGGAAUUGACGGUAGAACUCUGAGACAGGAUUGUGUCGAGGCACAGAUCUUGGGAAGGGUACAAAAACAUUUCUGCAGCAUUGAAGGUCCCCAAGAACACAGUGGCCUCCAUCAUUCUUAAAUGGAAGAAGUUUGGAACCACCAAUACUCUUCCUAGAGCUGGCUGCCCGGCCAAACUGAGCAAUCGGGGGAGAAGGGCCUUGGUCAGGGAGGUGACCAAGAAUCCGAUGGUCACUCUGACAGAGCUCCAGAGUUCCUCUGUGGAGAUGGGAGAACCUUCCACAAGGACAACCAUCUCUGCAGCACUCCACCAAUCAGGCCUUUAUGGUAGAGUGGCCAGACUGAAGCCAAUCCUCAGUAAAAGGCACCUAAAGACUCAGACCAUGAGAAACAAGAUUCUCUGGUCUGAUGAAACCAAGAUUGAACUCUUUGGCCUGAAUGUCAAGCGUCACAUUUGGAGGAAACAUGGCACCAUCUCUACGGUGAAGCAUGGUGCUGGCAGCAUCAUGCUGUGGGGAUGUUUUUCAGCGGCAGGGACUGGGAGACUAGUCAGGAUCGAGGGAAAGAUUAACAGAGCAAAGUACAGAGAGAGAUCCUUGAUGAAAACCUGCUCCAGAGCACUCAGGACCUCAGACUGGGGUGAAGGUUCACCUUCCAACAGGACAAUGACCAUGAGCACAUAGCCAAGACAACGCAGGAGUGGCUUCGUGACAAGUCUUUUGAAUGUCCUUGAGUGGCCCAGCCAGAGCCCGGACUUGAACCCGAUCUAACAUCUCUAGAGAGACCUGAAAAUAGCUGUGCAGCGACGCUCCACAUCCAACUUGACAGAGCUUGAGAGGAUCUGCAGCGAAGACUGGGAGAAACUCCCCAAAUACUGGUGUGCCAAGCUUGUAGCGUCAUACCCAAGAAGACUCAAGGCUGUAAUCGCUGCAAAAGGUGCUUCAACAAAAUACUUAUGUAAAUGUAAUAUUUCCAUUUAUUUGAACAUUUCUGAAAACCUGUUUUUGCUUUGUCAUUAUGGGGUAUUGUGUGUAGAUUGAGGGAAAAUCAAUUUUAGAAUGAGGCCCGUAACAAAGUCGAAAAAGUCAAGGGGUCUGAGUACUUUCCGAAUGCACUGUAAAUGUUUGAGGACAGGGUUUUGUUCAGUCUGGAUACCAUUAGAAUGACAUUCGCAGAGAAAGGGACAGGGCAACAACUUUUACAAUUCCAACUAUUGAAUCCUGCAAGAUACUGUUCUUAAUUAUACAACUACCAUUUUUGCCAAAGCGGAGAUGCAAAAAAAAAAGUUUGCUCCUGCUAAAGAGGUCUAUAUCGGUCCGUUAAUACUAGUAAAGGCCCAGUGCACUACUUUUGUGCAAGGUAUUAUUGUUAUUUGAUAUUAUUCUGAUUUUUCAGGGUGUGCUGCAGCACCCUCAGCACCCCUACUUCCCACGGCUAUGCUUACUUCUGACUUUUUAUUAUUAACACUCCUAUUUCACUCACUGUUCACAUUAGUGGACUUAACUAUGGACUUGACCACAAAGAGGAAUAAUAAUCAUUGUUCAGUCUGUAAAGUGUUAGAGAUGAAAGAUUCUGACACUGGGGGUGAAUCUCAAGUCUUCCCUAGAUUCCUCAUGUCCUCUCUCCUCGCCUCCCUCGCAACAUGCAUUGGAGGAGAAGGUCUGAGGGGAGGAACCUCACAUCUUCUCUUCUGAUGCGUUUUGAGAAAGAGGAUGAGAUUCACCCUUGUUACUUUCCUUUUACAACUUCCCUCUUUUCUCUCAGCCUAGUCAUUGAGACCCUAAAAGAUGUGGACCCAACAAGGAAGUGCUUCCGGCUGGUGGGUGGGGUGCUCGUGGAGAGGACGGUUAAGGAAGUGUUACCAGCGCUGGAAAGCAAUAAAGAACAGGUAACAUUUUUAUUCUGCAUUGCUUGCUCUUUCGGGUAUAAUUUGGGUUACAGUAAAACCCUUUGAAAAGUCCUGGUGUAAGAUGGGAAUUCUAAAAGAAAUGUGAUUGAUAAGAUACCAUGAAGAUAUCAACUGUCAAUAUGUAGGCGGUGCGGUGGCCUACGGCUGUAGUCCGACUGGUGAGGUUAACUCUCUUGAAAGUGUUUUUAAUAGAGGAAACACACUUGAGCAACUGACGGCCAAGUGUACAUAAACAGCAGGUGGCCAUCCUAUCGCCUCUGACCAGAAUAUUGGCCGUCAUUUUCUUUUAAUUUCCUAACGAUUCUUCUAUAUGUUGAAUCGUUACCAUUCGUCGACACCCAGCAGGUAGUCUACUGCGCCCGACCGAUGUUCGUAAUGGUGCUUCUUCCCUCUAACACACGUUACUACCAAGGCUAUAGGUUGUUGCAGUACUAUCCUGUACAACUAAAUCACUACUGGUCACGCAUUAUGAUUAACUAUUUGCUAUUCCCACUCUCUUUUCCUUACAGAUCUCAAAGAUUGUAGAAUCUCUCAACACACAGAUGCAGUCGAAAGGCCGGGAGCUCACAGAGUACAGGGAAAAAUACAACAUCCGAUUGGUGGGAGAAGGGGAGGAAGGACAGGGCAAAUCAGCAGCGUCCUCCAAUGGGAGCGGGUCUAAAGGCGGUGCCGGCGUUCUAGUUUCGUAGUUUUGUGUAUAAAGGCUUUAGUAAGAUAGGAAAUUGUGCAGACUGCCAUCAAGCAUAGUCAGCACAGACCCUGGAAGGCAUUUCAAGGGCAGAGUUUUACGUAUGUCCUGCAUGAAUGAGGUUAUAAAUUAUAAACCAAUGUUAGAAGGGCCAGAUUCUCAAUACCAUUCAAUUCAGAUACAAAAUAAAGCCAUGUGGUAUUGAAUCCUUUUCACCUAUAGUUAAACAAAACUUAAGCCAACAAUUUACUUUUCUCUUCAGACACAAACAAGCCUUUCUCCUUUUACUCAAGGGAGUGUUUCAUCAAAAUCUUAUGGGAUGAUAGUUGUAUUAAACAAUAUGUCUUCAUGAUGACCAUAUAUUGUCUGUCACAUUUAUUUGCUGUUUAUUCAUACUCUGUCUGUCAUGUUUUAAUGUACAUUAUGAUCUUAUUGUUGGCGUCUGUCUUUGAGAGGUUUGUCGCUGGCAUGCCAUAGAAUAACACAUGCAAAAGGAAUGAGAAUCUGAUUGGGAAAACACUGUUCAACGCAACACACGGCAUCAUUUCGAUCUGUUCUGGAAAGAAGCUGCCCUGAACAUCGGCUUAAGAUGGAUAACAGAAUAAACGUCCCAAAUGGCACCCUACUUCCUAAAUAGUGCACUACUUUUGAGAGGAUAGGGUGCCAUUUGGGAUAAACACCCAGCCUGGACAGCAUAAAUAAAGUACUAGUCUUAAGUGCUCCCAAAGGAUCUGAAGCACACUGUCCUAACCUACAUUAACUUACACCAUGUAUUUGUGUGGAGAAAAUGUUUGUUUUUUUGUUAAUGUUUAUGAAUUAAACAAAACAAUGCAAAA